AUGUCUCAACAUCAAAAUGAUCAAAAAACGAUGUCCUUCGACCACCUGUUGACGUCGACACGUCGAAGAGAGCUUCUCCAAAACUUGGGUGUCGGAAAUGGAAGCGACUCGUUCUCACUGUCUCCAUUCCGUACAGCGAAGUGUAAUGUGGAAACGGCAACGAGUCAAAGAUCGAUUCAACGUGCCAACCCUGAUAUCCUGCGACCGAUUUUCGAUCGAUUCGCAUCAAAAGAGGUCAAAGGGAAGAAGUUGAUGACACCAGAGGACUUCAUUCGUGGAUAUUUGGGACUCUACACAGAAGAAAACUAUAACAAAGAGACGAUUCGUCUGUUGGCUUCCGCUGCUGACACCACCAAAGACGGUGACAUUUCAUUCGAGGAGUUUUGCGCAUUCGAAGCGUUAUUGUGUAGUCCGGAUGCUCUUUAUCUGACGGCUUUCGAACUAUUCGAUAGAAAUGCUUCGGAUACAAUCAGUUGUGACGAAUUCGAAGCAGUCAUUCGGCACACUCAACCUCUCGUCGAUCAGGAUUUCGAUUUUAAUUCGGAUUUUAUCAAAAGAUAUUUUGGAGCUGACAAACAACGUAAUGUCAACUACCACUCGUUCUGUCAACUUCUCCACGAUUUCUACGAAGAACAAGGAAUUCAGGCGUUCAAGAAGUACGAUAAAAACGGGAACGGAACCAUCUCUUCCGUCGAUUUCCAGCAAAUUAUGACGACAGUCAAGGGACACUUGUUGACGGAUUUCGUGAGGAACAACUUGAUCGCGGUGUCUGGGGGUGGAGCUAGUGGACACAAGUUCUCGGAUACACGAAGUGGAAUAGUCACCUUCCCCUACUAUGCCGCAUUCAACAGUCUUCUCGCCAAGAUGGAGUUGAUCAAACGUGUCUAUGUCUCAAACGCUCGUGGAAAUCUGGAUAUAGAGAUGACGAAGGAAGAGUUUCUUCACGCAAUUCAAAGUUACACUCAAGUGACACCAUACGAAGUGGAGAUUUUAUUCCAUCUCUCCGAAUUGAAUCAUCCUGGACGGAAGACACUUUGCCUCAAAGAUAUCCAGGCGAUUGAUCCGGAACGGUUGAAGAGAGUCUCGCAAAUGGAUCGAUUGAUUAAUAUCAAAGCUGUGCAUCACAAAGAUGAAAGAGGAUUUGGAACAGCUCUCCUCGAAUCCGGUUACCGUUUCCUGUUGGGAUCCAUCGCCGGAGCGUGUGGUGCCACCGCCGUUUAUCCCAUUGACCUCGUGAAGACUCGAAUGCAAAACCAACGUACAUCUGGCUCGUUCGUCGGUGAAGUCAUGUACAAAAACUCGUUGGAUUGCUUCAAAAAGGUGGUGAAGUUCGAGGGACUUCUCGGUCUCUAUCGUGGUCUUCUCCCGCAAAUCGUCGGUGUCGCGCCAGAGAAGGCUAUCAAGUUGACGAUGAACGACUUCAUGAGAGACAAAUUCACACAGGACGGAAAGAUUCCAUUGUAUGGAGAGAUUAUUGCUGGUGGAACAGGAGGAAUGUGCCAAGUGGUGUUCACUAAUCCACUGGAAAUCGUCAAGAUUCGAUUACAAACCGCCGGAGAAGUGCAGCAAGCCGGAAAGAAGAUUGGAGUGAUGUCAGUGCUCAAAGAGCUCGGAUUCUUGGGACUAUACAAAGGAUCACGCGCAUGUUUCCUUCGUGAUAUUCCAUUCUCUGCCAUCUAUUUCCCUGCGUACGCUCAUGCUAAACUCGCAACAGCCGAUGAGGAUGGAAUGAACUCGCCGGGAUCCCUGUUCUGUUCUGCAUUCAUUGCUGGUGUACCGGCUGCUGGAUUAGUCACCCCUGCCGAUGUUAUAAAGACGCGUCUUCAAGUUGCAGCGAGAGCUGGACAGACAACGUAUAAUGGAGUUAUUGAUUGUGCCCGAAAACUGCUGAAAGAGGAAGGACCAAUGUCUCUUUGGAAAGGAACAGCCGCUCGUGUCUGCCGGUCAAGUCCACAGUUCGCCGUCACUCUUCUCACAUACGAAGUCCUUCAACGUCUCUUCUACGUCGAUUUCGCCGGUUCCCGCCCAACUGGUUCCGAGUUGGCGACGACGAAGACAAUUCAAGAUGAAUCGUCGACGAAUCCGGAUCAUGUUGGUGGUUACAAGUUGGCAGCCGCCACGUUCUCCGGCAUUGAGCACAAAUUUGGUCUUUUCCUGCCGAGGUUCGAGACGACAAAGUAG